AUGUCUAUCCAAACUCAGCAACAUCAGCGCCAACAGCAACAAGAAGAAGAAACAAGAAGCAAGUCUCUGUGGAGAUCACUGCUGUCCGUGUUGUGGGAAUUUUGGAGUUGGCUACUGAGCAUUCCGGAUUUGGUGUUUCCCAUUGUGAACAGUCUCCUCCCAUGGGGCCCCAAGUUUUUCUCGCAAGGCUACGGCGAUCCCGACAUUUACUUCAAACGACUUCAUCAGACGAUUGCCGCGGCGGCCGGUGGAGCCAACGGACCGUACAUGACACAACACGCACUAAAAGAAGGCAAAAAUCUUCAUGUCAAGGAAACCCGUCGCAAGAACGGACUCGUCUACUCCCAAGGCACUUUCCAGAGUCCCAUGGCCGCAUUGUUUCCACAAGAAUCCCGUUAUUGUCAAUUCGUCAUGGUGGAACCUCAACAACUGCACUCUGCCAACAACGACAACAACAACAGUACUACUAAUGAUCCACCAGUCUACAUUUUCUUGUUUCCAUCGACGGGAGAAAUGGGCAAUGGCAUGCGUCUCGCCAUGGCCGAACGAUUGGCCCACAAAUACGGGUGGGCGUCCGUCAUUCCCACGGCGGCAUUUUACGGCAGUCGCAAACCCCGCGAUCAACUCUUAUUUUUCUUCAAUUCCGUCACCAAUAUUCUCUUGCACAGCGAAGGUGUCAUUGAAGAAGGCAUGCUACUCACCAAUUGGAUUAUGUCGGAACGAUCUCCCCACGCACUUGUCUGUCAUUCGGGAUUUUCUCAUGGAGCCUGUACAUGCGCGUAUACAUCGGUCGGAUCGCUCUUGGUGGGGUUGGAUGGGAGUCGGAUGGCGUGUGCUCCGUACACGGGAUUUGCAUCCCCCGGGGUGCUGGCCGAUGGGAUUCUGCAAAGUGUCCUCCAAUGGCGGGCACUGGCGCCUAGUAGUAAACAACACUUGUUCGACUUGUUGGACCAAUCCCAAAUCUCGCUAUUGACAUGUCACACUACUCAAAAUAACAAAGUUGCCGUCAUUCGAGGCAUGUCCUUUGAACGCGAUGGUGUCAUCCAAGCCAAGUACACGCACGAGAUGCAACGACAAUUGGCCCAUGUGGCUGCCGAUGGGCAUGUUCCGGUACAGUGGUUGCCCGGGGGACACAUUACGGCCGGUAUUACACGACCAUACUUUCAACAACGAUUGAUUGAACAAGCCGUACAAGAACUCAUUGUCAAAACGACAACUACACCAGCAAAUACUACAACUACUCGUGCCAAGGAGGACUAA